AUGACCUCCUCCAACAACUCUAGCUUGGACUCCACUUUGAUUCCGGCUAGCUGGAAUUCGGGCAGCCUGAUAUCGAGCAUCAUCCUGGGGCUGUGCUGUGUUCUAGGCCUCCCUGGUAACAUAGGUGUCCUCGUGGUCAUCCUGCGCCGCUCGUCCCGACGCCUCAACUUCACCCUGUGCCUCAUGCUGAACCUGGCUUCCUCUGACAUCCUGUGCUUGGCCAUGGUUCCCGUUUGGAUCUACAAUAUCCUGUACGACUGGACUCUGGGCCAUGCUGUAUGCAAGUUAGCCACCUUCCUGCUCUACCUCAGCCUGUGUUCUAACGUGCUAACGGUUACACUACUCGGUGUCCAUCGCUACCUUCAGGUGCUCUACCCGCAGAUGUGGAACAGGCUGGGGCGCAAGGGGGAGGUGGUGCUGCUCCUGGCCCUGUGGGGGCUCGCCUGUGCUCUGACAUCCCCCACUGUUGCCACUCGCGAUGUGGUUGAUGGCGGGCUCCAUUGCCAGCAACACAAGGGCUCCGAUGCUGAAAGAGUUGCUGUGCUUGUCUUGCAGACCCUUUUAGGGUUUGUGGUCCCGUUCUCUGUGCUGGUCACCUCCUACUGCCGCCUCCACCGGCGGGUGAACCAGACAGCGCUGUUCAGCAGUGCCAAGAUGACGCGGCUGGUCACCAGUGUGGUGGUCGCCUUCUUCAUCCACUGGAUCCCUGUGCACAUUGUCAAUGUGGUAGAUAUCGCCUACAUUGUGCUGGGGGCUUCUCUGCCGGAGUCGUCAAUUCCGCUGCCGUGCCAAAGAAGCACGGCAGCGCGUAUCGCCCGGUGCUUUUUGUUUUUUAACUGCUGCCUGGACCCCUUCUUGUACGCCUUCGCCUCGCGGAGGAUCCGUGAGCAGCCCAAGUCAUCGUCGAGUGGCGAAAACAGGAUGCAGGUCACAAAUGUCUGA